CGGCUCGAACUCGUGCAGAGGCUUCGACAUAUAGUUACUGCUGCUGCUACUGCUAAUACUGCACUCGGCUUUUUUUGCAGCGAAUCUCAUUGUUUUUGUUUGUGUUUACGGUAGUUAUGAACGAUAAGUAAUUGCGAAUGUUAUAAUUCGAGUUCGUUCGAUCGUUGAGCAAUGACAACACGCAGUUAAAAAUAAGAGUAAAAAAACCAUCGGUCAUCUAGUUAGACUCGAAAGUUUAUAAUAUGGAUUGGACCACAAAUCUACCUAACCUUUUGAAGUGUAGUUUAUUGUUUAAAUUUUAUCGUUUUAAAAGUGCAUGCGCGAUUAAUGUAAAAAAGUGAUGCUCAAGUUGACAAUUCGAUUAAAUAUACUGAAGUACUUUAACGUCAAAUGCGUCUUCGGAGUGUCGAGGUUCUUUUCAAAUGCUCCAGCUAGAUUCGAAAAAGCCGAAAUCAUGAAGGUUUUAAAUGUUGCUGAGAAAAAUGAUGCUGCAAAAAAUAUCGCUGGACACAUUUCCAGAGGCACUGCUCGAAGAAGAGAAGGCCUGUCAAAAUAUAAUAAAAUUUAUGAAUUUAAUGCUCGAGUAUGGAACCGGGACUGUCAAAUGAUAAUGACAUCAGUGUCGGGUCAUUUGAUGAGUUUCGAUUUCACUGGUGCUUAUAGAAAAUGGUAUGGUUGUCCACCUCUCAGUCUCUUUGAUGCACCCGUCCAUAAAGCAUGUGUGAAUCAAGAUUAUGAAAAAAUUAAAAAAUCUAUAGAAAAAGAAGUUAGGGGUUGUCAAGCUCUUAUAAUAUGGACUGAUUGCGAUAGAGAAGGAGAAAAUAUUGGAUAUGAAAUCAUUCAAGUGGCCAGAGCAAUCAAACCUAAUAUUCAGGUUUAUAGAGCCAAGUUUUCAGAGAUAACACAAGCUUCCAUUGAAAGAGCACUUCAAAAUUUAGAACAACCAAACCAGCUUUUAAGCGAUGCUGUUGAUGUCAGAAGUGAAUUAGAUUUAAGGAUAGGGGCUGCAUUUACAAGAUUUCAAACCAUGAGAUUGCAAAAGGCUUUUCCAAGAAAUUUAUCAGAAAUGCUAAUAAGUUAUGGACCUUGCCAAUUUCCAACAUUAGGAUUUGUUGUUGAACGUUUUUUAGCCAUAGAAAGAUUUGAACCUGAACCUUACUGGAAAUUAAAAGUAACACAUACCAUGAAUGAUCUUACAGUUGAUUUUAGAUGGAGCCGGAACAGAUUAUUUGAAAAAUUACCUUGUGAGGUAUUUCUAGAUAUAUGUCAAGACAAUCCUCAAGCAACUGUUGAAAAAAUAACCAGUAAACCUAAAAGCAAAUGGAGACCAUUACCUUUAGAUACUAUUGAAUUGGAAAAACAAGGGUCACGUAAACUUCGUCUCAGUGCAAAAGAAACAAUGAAAAUAGCUGAAAAACUCUACACUCAAGGUUUCAUUAGCUAUCCACGUACAGAAACUAAUAUUUUUCCGAAAGAAAUGAAUUUAACGGCAUUAGUAACUCAACAAGCACCAAAUCAAGAAUGGGGUAAUUUUGCUCAAAGAUUGCUUGAAGAAGGAGUGAACCCACGUCAAGGAAAAAAGAGUGACCAAGCUCAUCCACCGAUCCAUCCGACCAAAUACGCCGAUAAUUUGCACGGAGAUGAAAAACGAGUUUAUGAAUACGUUGUGCGACAUUUUCUUGCUUGCUGUUCGAAAGAUGCCCAAGGAUACGAAACAGUCGUGGAAAUAAAUAUUGCUGGUGAAACAUUCAUAACUAAUGGUUUGCAAAUUAUUGCUAAAAACUAUCUCGAAGUUUACAUCUACGAAAGAUGGAAUGCCAAAGAGAUACACAUUUACGAAAAUGGUCAAACUUUCAUGCCCACUUCAAUUGAUAUGUUAGAAGAAUCUACUUCCCCACCAAAUUUACUUACUGAAGCUGAUCUUAUUGCUCUUAUGGAUAAACAUGGUAUUGGAACCGAUGCUACGCACGCUGAGCACAUCGAAACGAUAAAAAGCCGUCAAUACGUAGGAUUAAAAGACAAUAAAUAUUUGAUACCUGGUAAACUUGGCAUCGGCUUGGUAAUGGGUUACGACCGAAUGGGCUUCCAAAUGAGUAAACCGAAUCUUCGUGCCGAAUUAGAAAACGAUUUAAAAUUAAUCUGUGAGGGACAAAAGCAGCCUGAUGAGGUUCGGCAGCGAAUAAUUAAUAAGUAUCGAGAGGUUUUCCGUGAGGCUCUCACCAAGGCUAAUAUGAUUGACACUGCUCUGGCCGAGUAUUUGGACGAACGACCCGCAGAAAAUGUUCAUCAAGAAAUCGCGAUGCCAGUGGAUGAUCCGGUUGUACUGAAAUGUCCAAAAUGUGAUUCGAACAUGACGGUAAAAGCUCGAAGGCAAGGUAACGGAAAGUACAUCGGUUGUAUGAAUUAUCCUACAUGCAACAACGUCAUUUGGCUGCCUGAAUCCGUUGAGGAUGUAGAAGUCCUCAACGAACGAUGUAACAUUUGUCCAGACAACAUUUUAAGAAAAAUCAAAGUUAAACUUCAGCGACAUGCUUAUCCAGCUCUCGGUAUUAGUUACACCGCUUGCGUAGGUGGCUGCGACGACAUGUUUAACAAUGUGAUGGGCAUUAGAAUACAGUCGGUAAGACGAGCACGAGAUUUACCGAACAAUGGCGCCAACCAAGGUCCAAAUCGUCCAAAUAAUCCACCGCCACCUCCUCAGCCGCCAAGAGGACCACCGCCUCCUCAACCUCCUAGAGGACCACCGCCACCUCAACAACGACCACCACCACCUUCUUCGCAAGCAAGAAAUCCUAGAAAUAAUAGAAAUGAUUGGGACUCCGACGACAACGAUUGGACUCCAGGAACAGGAAGCACUCAAAGAAACCAAAGUUACAGUACAUAUAGUAGUAGUGCUCCUAGCAAUAAUUGGAAUAGCAAUCGCAGUGAAAUUAAAAGUUCCAACAGUGCUCCAAGUAACAGUAGGCCAAAUAAUCAAUGGUCACAAGGUAAUGGAUGGACCGGUUCAAGUAGCAGCAAUCGAAACAACGACGAUUCUCAUGAAAUCAUGUGCAACUGUCAUCAAACUGCCAAAUUACUAACUGUUAGAAAAGAAGGACCCAAUCAAGGUCGACAGUUUUACAAAUGUGCCAAACCAUCAGGCGAUUGUGGUUUCUUUUUGUGGGAUCCAGAAUCCGGUGGUGGAAGUAACAGCAACGCUGGAUCAUCCGCUCCACGAAUGCACGAUUCAUCUACAAGCUGGAAUCAAAAUAAUAGACAGAAUAAUUAUCAGGCUUCUUCCAACUAUCAAAGACGGGAUAACAAUCAGAGCUUCAAUUCUUCUAAUAAUUGGGAUGAUUGGAGUGGUGGUGGCGGUGGCGGCGGUGGCGGUAAUAAUGAUAAUGAACAAGUUAUGUGCACAUGUGGCCAACCAGGCAAAAAGCUCACUGUAAACAAAGAAGGACCAAAUAAAGGGCGUAAAUUUUAUGGAUGCCCACAAGGCCCAGGCAGUUCGUGUAAUUUCUUCAAAUGGGCCGAUGAUGUCAGUGACAAUAAUUGGGGUGGCCCACCACCUCCCGGAGGUAGUCGAGGUCGGGGAAGAGGUGGUGGAACUGCAAGCAGAGGAAGAGGAGCAUCGAGAGCAGCGGGAGAUGGAGGAGCUGGCUCUAAACGUAAAUGUGGUAAUUGUGGCAUUGCAGGUCACACUAAAAGAACUUGUCCUCAAAAUGAUUAAUCAUCGAUUAAUCACGUUUAAUGUUAUCUGUAAGCUAUUGAAAUUGUACAAUUUUAAUUUGAGAAACGUUCUUGUUCCUGCCUUAUACAUAUAAGUAUUUUUCUUAGAAAAUAACUUUUUAUAAAAAUACGUUAAUUAUUUAUAAAGCUAAUGUAAAUAUUCAACAAACGAACUUGAUAAAGUUAGCUUUGGUUUAUUUGUAUUUGAUAGAUUAAUCAAAUUGUUAAAUAUCUGGAAUGUAGCCAAGCUUGCAAAGUAA